CUUCAAGUCGGCCAGAAGGAAAAUCUGUCAAGAUGCGCGAGUGUAUCUCUAUGCACGUUGGGCAAGCAGGCUCCCAGAUGGGCAAUGCAUGCUGGGAAUUGUAUUGCCUGGAACAUGGGAUCCAGCCGGAUGGACAGAUGCCGAGCGAUAAGACCAUCGGUGGAGGAGACGAUUCCUUCAACACAUUCUUCAGUGAGACAGGAGCUGGGAAACACGUUCCAAGGGCUAUCUUUGUAGAUCUGGAGCCAACUGUUAUUGAUGAGGUCCGUACAGGAACAUAUCGGCAGCUGUUCCACCCUGAGCAGCUCAUCACCGGAAAAGAGGAUGCUGCCAAUAACUAUGCCCGUGGGCACUACACCAUCGGCAAAGAGAUCAUUGACUUAGUGCUGGACCGGACUCGCAAACUGGCUGACCAAUGUACAGGCCUCCAGGGUUUUCUCAUCUUCCACAGCUUUGGUGGAGGCACUGGCUCCGGGUUCACCUCCCUGCUGAUGGAGCGUCUCUCUGUUGACUACGGCAAGAAGUCCAAACUUGAGUUUGCCAUCUACCCAGCUCCACAAGUGUCUACAGCUGUUGUGGAGCCCUACAACUCCAUCCUGACCACACACACCACCCUGGAGCACUCUGACUGUGCUUUCAUGGUGGACAAUGAAGCCAUUUAUGAUAUCUGUCGCAAAAACCUGGAUAUUGAAAGACCCACUUACACCAACCUAAACAGGCUGAUUGGCCAGAUAGUCUCAUCCAUCACUGCCUCUCUGAGAUUCGAUGGAGCCCUGAAUGUGGAUCUGACAGAGUUUCAGACCAACCUGGUGCCCUACCCUCGCAUCCACUUCCCUCUGGCCACAUACGCUCCAGUCAUCUCUGCUGAGAAGGCCUACCAUGAGCAGCUGUCUGUUGCUGACAUCACCAACGCUUGCUUCGAGCCCACCAAUCAGAUGGUGAAGUGUGAUCCUCGUCACGGUAAAUACAUGGCCUGCUGUCUCCUGUACCGUGGUGACGUGGUGCCCAAAGACGUCAACACCGCCAUUGCUACCAUCAAGACCAAACGUACCAUCCAGUUUGUGGACUGGUGUCCUACUGGCUUUAAGGUGGGCAUCAACUACCAGCCCCCAACAGUGGUCCCUGGAGGAGACCUGGCCAAGGUCCAGAGAGCUGUGUGCAUGCUGAGCAACACCACAGCCAUCGCCGAAGCCUGGGCUCGUCUGGACCACAAGUUUGACCUGAUGUACGCCAAGAGGGCCUUUGUCCACUGGUAUGUGGGAGAGGGUAUGGAGGAGGGAGAGUUCUCUGAGGCCAGAGAGGACAUGGCAGCUUUGGAGAAGGAUUAUGAAGAGGUUGGCACAGACAGCAUGGGAGAGGAGGACGAAGAAGGAGAAGAGUAUUAAAGAAGUAGAAUAGCGAUCUGCUAUUCUGCACGGCAGUAAAGAAUGCA